AUGUCGUCUAAACUCAUCCCCAUUAAGGACCAGGCCGCCCUGGUCUUAGAGGAUGGCAAAAUUUACAAGAUACAACACAGAAGACAGAGGAAAAUUUUGAGUUGUGUGCCGUGUCACAAGCGCAAGAUUAAAUGUACUAGGGAACAGCCGAGCUGCUCUAAGUGCCUUAAAAGAAAUUGGGACUGCUCUUACUUUCUUAACGACCGCGUUUCUCGUGGCGGACAGCCGACUGCGGAAACUAGAACUGAAGGAUCCGCGCAGCUACCAACGAAUAUAGUGAGCGGCAAACAUGAUCCUCAGAAGAAGAAGCAGCUACUGAUGGCGAUAGAGAAGGCCAAAUCCAUGAUAAACGAUGAGAGAAAUUUACUGGAACUCAAUAGAAAGCAAAAGCGAGAGUAUCCACGCCGCAAACAGGCCUGGGAGACUGACCAACCCGUGAGCGGCACAGUUACGCCCUCAGGGGGGCACAACCAGCAUGAAUACCCGGUCGCUUCUGUAACAAGCGGCACCUCACAAAGCACACCUACGAUAUCGCCACCUAUGUCUUACUCGUCUAUGCAAGACAGCCCGCGGCCAUUAUCUGGAGAAAACAGUCUACCGAUGUAUUUACCGACGCGACAGAGAGCCGUAGAGCUGUUUGAGGUAUACAGAAACACAGUACAUCCAAUAAUACCUUUACUUGAUUUCUCGAAAUUUAUGAGCGACCAGGAAACCUUUUGGAAUGAAGUCGACCAAGGGGAAUCUGGCAAUACGGACUUUUUACUGAUCCUUUUCCCAGUACUUUACGCAGCCUCAAAAUCCCAGUUCCAUCAGUGCAACGAUAACGAUGCUCUUUUCCAGGAAAUGGCCAGCUUUUUGGAGGCUACAAACGUUCUUUAUGGCAUACAUGACUUUCCCAACAACUUCACUAUGCAGAUGAUAACAGGCUCUGUUUUGAUAAAUUCAAUCAUUGAAAACCCAAGCGUCACAACCAUUGCACAACUUUCCCGUCUCGCUCAACGAGCGAUGCUUUCUCGAGAUCCUGCGUCCUAUCAUCAGAUCACUGACCUCGGCCUGAUACAAUGUCGACGCAUCCUUUUUUGGCAGAUUUUCCAACUGGAUACGAUGACUUCUUUAUAUGACAACCUCCCACCGCUUAUAAAGGUUGAUGAUUUCGAUACCGCACUCCCCGCGGAAGUCGUGCGUGGCGAGCUUGAUCCCAGCCUUUGCCUGCUGAACGCAAAGUACAGGUUUGUGCUUCUUUUAAAUGAGCUGUGCUCGCUCACGAACAGAGGAACUUUCCAGGGGUUGAAGGAAAGAAUAGUCGAUCUUCAUGUUUGUUGUAUGGGGAGCGCACUGUCUCUACGCAACUACAAUAAAGAAAAUGGCCGGCUGACAACAAGCGAUGCUAAGUUCAUCGAUUGGGCAGUAUUCAUGCUGAACACCUUUGCUGACCGCGCGUGUCUUCUCUUGCAUCUAAACAUUAUCAAAACAUCUUUGCCAAUACUGAUGAAGAGGCGGCGGAUCUGGAAGAAGGAGCUUGAUUCAAAACCAGGAGCUCCGUCUGAUCCUAUAUCUGAAAGCGGAUACGGCCAAAACUUUCUUACAAUACAAGCUAUAUUGAAUGAUAGUGGUAAUCUAACCUUGGAUCACGCAUUAAUGGGGUUAGGCGACUCCAACUCAGCCGGGCUUGUUUAUGAUUACGAAGAUUUGACCAACAACCUUAUACCAGCCUCAUUGCACUACUUGGAUGAGUUUUUAAAAUACCACAGUGAUGACACUUAUUCUUGUUACAACUGGGAGCUACUUGUGGGAAACAUGCCGAUCAAUGCCAUCACUUUUUCCCUGAAGACCUUGGCUCUCGAUUUAAACAGGGCGCAACAAAUGGGGGAGGUGCUGAUUCUGCAAAAUGAUUUGCGAUACAUUUUGCUUUCCAAAGCUAUUCCAGUAGCUGAGAUGAAGGUUGACCCCAAAACAGCUGUCUGCAAGAACUGCUUCCAGCUGAUAAUGUUGUUGUUCCGUUUGAUAAUUGUCAAGUACGGUAAGGCAAUGCAGCUAUUGAGCGAUAACCAACUAGACGCAUCGAAAAUGUUCUACAGCAAGUACGACGUUGGAAACGCACUUCUCACUAGCGAUCGCUCAGGUGUUGUUCCCCAGCCGAGCGUGGGGCCCAUGAGCGGCAGCCACGGAUCCGAGCGCCAUUCCCAAGCUCUGAAUGGUAGUCCUGCCGACGUUGACUCUUCCCGGGACGCAAACCGAAUUCUGAGCAUAACCAGCAUCAUCAACAGCGAAGAUCUCUUCAACGAUGGAUUUUCGUUUUCAGGUAACUUAAUCUACAACAACAACGCAUUGGAUACCUCAUACACUACCUCUUGUGCUCAGAUCGCACCUCGCAUUAUGCGCACACUUUCCUCCGCUCCUCAAAAUCAAAGUGGAGCACCUAACUUUGGAGAGGCUGGGCCUCAGCCUAGUCAGCCCGCAGAAGGGGAAGCUAAUGUGUCUACUGCCAAUGUCUACUUCAAUCCUUAUGUCCAUAAUAUGCCGCUCAGUCCAACUCCCGCUCUUGCGCCUCUGCCGGCAAUGGCAACUGAUUAUGCAACCGCCAACGCAUUGUAUGGAAAUGGCAAACCCGCUUUUCAGAGUGCUGGAGCCGUAUCCAAUGAAAGCGGCUCAGUUGGUCGGACAGAACCAGAAGUACAACCGCAGCCAGAGAUUGAGUGGAUCCGACAAGAAGUCCAGCGCCACAUACUACUACUGAACAGUGACACUGGCGAAAUGGAAACAAUAGGGACUGGAGACGAAUACUACCGCGAGUUCGAGAAUGCGCUGCUCGAAAUAAUAUGUGGAAUCUUGAGCGGCUGA